CCCAACUACAUUGUCCUCAACGUUCCAGCGCUGCAGAGCCGGUCUCUUCUUACAAGCGCAAUCUUUUCCAGCAUCAAGGCGUCGACUAGCUAGCGAUCCCUUCUCUCUUACAAUCUUCACGGUCCUUCAUUUCCACCGCAGGCCGGCACUACACGUCGUAUCAUGAAGCUUUGCAAGCUUCGCCUCUUCGUCUUUUUGCUUUUCGAGCUAUCUGUUUUAUCUUUCGUGUACGCUAUCGGCGACGGCGACUGCCAUGACGUGUUCAGCCCAGCCUGCAAACAAGACGGUAAAGACUCGAACCCAUCGAGCCUGUCCUCGCCAACUCCUUCGUGGCCUGCGACUCCCAUCACCUUCACCUCUCCUUCGCCUUCGCCAUCUCCGCCAGAUGAUACACCGCCGGACGACAAUGAAUGCUACGACGAUGGUGACGGUGCAGACAUCGGCAACCCAGAUGACGAUGGCACCGCCAACGACAAUGUCGACAACAAACACCUAAACAAUAAGAGAGCAGGGGCUUGUACCAAAGCACAGAGAACAGCACAAAGGGCUAGGUCUGGUCAAAUUUGUGAGGGGUACGGCACAAGUGCUACCUCACCGCCCAUACAACUACGAUCGAAGGUUGUUAGUGGGGCCAGUUACGCAGAGAGCUGCGCAGCUGCUGACCAGGAGGGGGAACCGAGCUUUGCUCUCUACUAUAAGCUCACGACUCCGAAUGAUAUUGAUGGCAGCCUCAUAGAUAUGGCGGGAUCAUGGACUCAUUAUGGUGGAUCUCUCUCCCAAGCAAACACUGGCCAAUGCGAUCAUCUUGUUGAAAUCCAAUGGAUCAAGAAACGGAUGGACGAGCUGGCCGACACGGCCGCAGCAAGAGACAGCAAAACGUUCCCCGACAAAAAAGCGGUCUGGGAUAAAAUGUGUGACAGAAUUCGUGCAGAUACAGAACAAGGAUCCAAGAUUCCGGCGGUCGCACUGAGAAAAGCACUCAACGACCCCACCAACUUGCACGGCAUCCCAUCGACGGUCAACCAAGCGAAAGCGCAGGCCGUCGCCAAUGUACUCAGGAAAAAGUCCAUUGCGGACUGGGCUGUUGACGGAAUGAAUAGCCGAAAUUACAACAAAGCGACCUCCGGAGUAAUCGCCUAUCUGACCGACACAAGAAUCGUCGAUGGACAAAACAAUAUUAAAGCAUAUACUGAGAUUGCCGGUAGUAUUCAAGACGUUUUGGCGAAGUACUUUGAAAACGAUCCCAUCUUUCCAAAAGAUGGCUCGAUUGACUGGAAAAAGCAGAUCAAGGCCGACCACGUCCAAAUUAUUGCUGGUCUCCAGGCAAAGCUUCCACAAAUCCAAGAUUCAUACAACACGUACUGCGACAACCUAAACGUUGCCGAUAAAGCAAAUCUCAAGCCAAAGUCUGAGGACAACGGUUGCUGUGACAACAAAUCCUACUUUGAAGACCAGUCAUCUACGUAUGUUCAAAGUCCUGGGAGCCCAAAGAGACAGCAGACGUACAACGAUGCGCACCAAGACCCCGACUACGAUCCAGCUGACCCGAACAGCUGCUGCGACCCGGAAUUCUACUGCUGCCCUAGCGAGACCUCCAAGCGUGGACUUGGCGUCAGGCGGAGCUUUGCUGGCUCACUCAUGUGGCUGCUUGAAACAAGACAGCAGAAUUCAGACCAAUGCCAAAAGAAGAGAGACAAGGACAACGGAGCUGUGGCGGAUCCAACGAAAGAGAACGAAAAGCCCGAUAGAGAUGAGGUAAACAAGCUUGCUGGGCCUGCUAUCGAAGCUCUCAAGGCUCUGAAGAGCCUCCCUCCACCACUUGCGGCCGCUAUUCCCGUCUUGGUCGACCCUACAGUUGGUUUGCUACCUCUGGUUCCCCUUCUCGCUGUGCCCACAGCGCACGAAGCCAGGGACAAGAUCAAGGCGCCCUUUGAAGAGCUUGUCAACAAGGCUUUCAUUCCCUUGGCGGCAGCAACCGACGACGACGCUCAAGCGGCCUGUGGGAAGACCACAGACGCGCUCAAGGAUAUCAUGAAGCAAGCCAAUAUGAAAUACAACUUGCGGCCGUGCGGAGUGGCCGUCAUUGUGCCUUUGUCUUCAACUUCAUCUUCUACUUCGGCACCCACCUCGACGUCGUCUUCGUCAGCCCCUCCAGUGCAGAGCACAGCUCCGCCGGUAGGCCGCGAUCUUGAGUUAGCAAUGUCGUCAUUUCCAAUGAUAUCGGUCCCCGACCCAAAGAUCACCUGCAGCAACAAUCAUGCGGGUUGAGCUGGGGAUUGCGCCAACAUCAUGCCACUUUUCCACGACGACAAAGACCUUCCGAUCCUCGACAAACAGAAGAACAAGAUCAUCUGUCAAAACACGUGCUGUGUCAUUGCCAAGCACAGAGAUGGAGUCGAUGACCUCAACGCAGGCGACCUGGCCAGAUGGGGCAGCAACGCCAAUCUCUUCUGCAAUGGACCAAACGAGCAGACGUGGAUCCAGGGAACAGAAGAGGGUUUCAAGUCGGCAGGUGGGGGAACAUACAGGAUGUGUCUGAGCAACCACGAGUCGGCAGACACAUGCAAGUGAGACGAGUACCUUUGCUGGACAAAGUGCUCGUCUUCUUCAUACUUUCCUUGAAUAACGAAUGUGUUUUCAAGGCAUCCCAACCGGGAAAAUGCUUUCUUUCGAUGUGGAUAUAGCUUC